AUGGAACAAGAUGUUAUAAAUUUGAAAAACCAUACUACUCAAUAUAAAGUACUGAAAGAUGAAGAGAUAAAACAAAAAGCCCUGAAGACAUAUAUGGAUAGCGAUGAGUAUAAAAAAGAAGUUGAAGCAAAUGUAAAGGCAGAAAAACUUUUACAGUUGCAAAACCAAACCGUACAGUAUGAAAACUUAGCACAAGAAAGUAAAAAUAACGACGCAGCCAUGCAAAAGGCAAUGAAAAGCGCAGAAUAUAUAAAAGCUAAUAAUGACUGGUUAGAUGCCCAAGCCAACGCUAAAGCAGCCCAACUUAUAGGGUCAAUAAGGACAAAAAUACAAGCGGAUGAAGACAGUUCAAAUGAAGCUUUAAUGAAUGCUGACUUUAAGAACGCCUUCGAAGCUCUUCAUAGUAAGGUGAAACUAGUGAACGACUUCUCAUCUGGAAAGAAACUGAAGUCUGAAGGUUUCGACAACGAGUUAAGAGAAGUAGCACAAAAUAUGACGAAAAUAACAGAUGCAGCAACGAGACAGGCAGUUCAAAGUGCCUAUGACGCCGUUAGAGCAACUGUUGUGGAAAGUCAAGAAAAAGAGUUACAACAGACCAAAACAGACCUAGUAAAUGCUUUCUUAAGAACGAAAAGUCAGGUAGGACAUUAUGCUGCAGAUGGAACAUAUGUGCCAGCUGGUGGAACUUAUAUACCAGCUGGUGGAACUUAUAUACUAGCUAGUGGAACUUAUAUACCACCAAACCCUCCAAGAGAAGCACCUGCACCAGGACUACCUAAAACAUUUACAUCGUCACAUGGACACAGACACAGGCAUGCACCAAAACCAACACAACAACCAACAGUUCAAAACCAGCACCACAACCAACAGUUCAAAACACUGCACCACAACCAACAGUUCAAAACACUGCACCACAACCAACAGUUCAAAACACUGCACACAACAACCACAAACAGAGCAAGGACAUAA